UCCGCCAAACAGCAGAAAAUUUCAAAGACGCAAAGAAAACAGCGAAAAGAUUCACAAGUGAGCGCGUAGCAGCGAAGUUUUUCCCAAAAUUCCACCGGAAAUGUUGUGAAAAUCUGGCCAAACUGGGCGUCAAAGUGCACCGCAAACCCACAUCAACCCGUAACCGUGGCGAUUGUUAGUGAUAAUCUCAGUUUCGAGCGCUAUUUCCUCCAGAAAAUGCAGCAAGCAGAUGAUCCCCCAUAUUUGACUGUUGGCACGGAGGUAAGCGCCAAAUAUAAAGGGGCAUUUUGCGAGGCCAAGGUCCGCAAGGUGGUGCGCAACAUCAAGUGUCGCGUCGCGUACAAGCAGGCCGGACUUGGAUCCGGAGUCGUGUCCGACGACCAGAUCAAAGGGGCGCUCCGGGUUGGGGCAACGGUAGAGGUGAAACACCCGGAACGGAAGGAAUACGUGGAAGCGACGUUGACCAAAAUUCAGGACUGUUCCCAGUAUACGGUUGUGUUCGACGACGGUGACAUUACGACGCUUCGGCGCAGUGCUUUGUGUUUGAAAAGUGGAAGACAUUUCAACGAAAGUGAAACACUCGAUCAGCUACCGUUGACCCAUCCGGAGCACUUUGGUAAUCCGGUUAUUGGUGGCAGACGUGGAAGGAGAUCACGCCACCUGCUGCAGGACGACAGCUCGGAUGAAGAUGACGAACCCGCUUCGAACUCUCGUUCAAACAACAGUGACAAGGAGGAGAACAUCGGCAAGGUGGUUUGCGUGGAGUCUACCGACAACAAAAAGAAAAAUCCCAAGGAAAACUGGUUUCCCGGGCUGGUGGUGGCACCGACUGCCCAGGAUACCGUUCGCAUCCGCGUAAAGGACGAGUACUUGGUACGCUCGUUCAAGGAUGGUCGUUACUAUACGGUUCCUAAGAAGGAAGCUAGUGACUUUAAUCGAGAUUGCACCAACAAAUCGGAAGCGGCUGCCGUAUCGGCCGCCCUAGAUUACAUGGACAACGACACGUUACCACCGCACUGGGAUCGGGAGGCACUGUUCGGUAUGUCCGGGAGUUGUAGUGAUUCGGAGCAAGAGUUGGAAACCGAUAGUUCGGAUGACGAACCUACGGAAGAGAAGGAUCACUUUGUUGCACAGUUGUACAAAUUCAUGGACGACCGUGGAACGCCACUAAACAAGGUUCCAUCCAUUAUCAAUCGUGAUGUCAAUUUGUAUCGUUUGUUCCGCACAGUUCAAAAACUAAAUGGAUAUAAUCGUGUUACUAGUCAGAAUCAAUGGAAGCAAAUAGCUCUGCGGUUGGGAUACUCACCAGCAACCGUCAGCAUUACCAAUCUGGUAAAGCAGGCAUACAAGAAAUUCUUAUUUUCAUUCGAAGAAUUCAAUCGUAAACUGGGUUGUACCAUGGUGCCGCACCCACGAACCAAUCGCUCGAAGGGUCGCAGCCUGGUACGAGCCAGUUCAGUGCAAUCUCCCAAGACAACGGAAAAAGAGAAACCUUCGACAUCUAAAGCAGCUAUGGCUGCAGCUGCUGCUGCCGUUGCUGCAGCCGCGGUCGCUGCUGCUGAAACUGCCUCAAGUUCGGCAGUUGAAGAAUCUGGAAACACCAGUGAAUCCAGCACGACCGAAACCAAACCGGUCACCAAGCGUAAACUAUCGGGUGCGAGUACUGGAAAGGUUAAGGCUUUGGUAGAUAAGUUCGAGGAAAAGGAAAAAGAGAAGGAGAAGGAAAAGGAGAAAGAAAAAGAAAAGGAGAAACCGAAGGAAAGUGUGAUUGUAAAGAAGGAGGAGCCUCCGUCAUCGGUUAAGAAAGAGAAGGUUGUCCCAAAAGUGACUACGCCCAAAGCCAACGAAAUAAAUGAGAAACGUGGUCGCAAGCGGAAGGAAACAGAUUCGACCGAUUCCAAGAAAGACGACAAAGACAGUGGCAAAGGCUCGUCCAGUGGGGCAUCUUCGUCGUCUGUGUCGGGAGAUAGUAAGAGCAGCAGCUCGUCCUCGUCUUCGACAGACAGUAAAACCGCUCCAAAUUUCCCGAUCGAUGUUGGAGACAAACUUAAGGUUUACUAUGACGAGCAGAAGGUGACUUACGAGGCAAAAGUAAUCGAGAUUGCCAUACAGGAAGGAAGUCCCAUCUAUUUGGUGCACUACACCGGGUGGAACACAAGAUAUGACGAAUGGGUUCGUAAGGAGCGUGUUGCAGAGAACCUUACAAAUAGUAAAUCUAGAAAGGGCAAAUCCGAUAAAAGUAAUAACAAUAAAAAUGCUCCCCCACCUCGUGAUAGUAGCAGUAGUUCUACCGGAGGACCGCCAGGAUCGUCAGCCGGUAAUACAAAUCCACCGGCUAAUGCUACGUCUACUCCAACAUCUACACCGGUUACUACCACGCCCAAGACAUCCAAAAGAAUCCGCGGUAACUCAAAAGGUGACAUCACAAGCAACGCCCCAUCAACGCCGGCCACUACGAGCUCCCCUCGAUCGUCCACUCCAAACACGUCUGCUAGCCGGAAUAAAUCUCCGGCAUCAGCUGGCAGUCGGCGCCCGGUAACUCGCGGAGGUCAUCCGCAUGCGUCCUCCUCGAGACGGCGCACCUCCAACAAUACGGACAUUUCGUCGCUGUCGUUGCAAACCGAUGACAACACCAGCGAUUCCGAUUCGGACGAACCGAUCAAAAAGUGUCCGGCCAACACCAACAGCAACAGUUCGUCGUCGACGGCGUCCUCCAAUUCCUCUUCGUCGUCUGCGUCCUCGAGCAGCAGCAUUAGCUCCAGCAGCACGAAAGUAAGUACAACGGCCGAAGCGGGCUCGUCCUCGGACGCGGCGGCUAUUUCGGACGAGUUUAGCAACGGAGCCUCCAAGGGUCGCGAUUACGAUCUGAACCAAAUUCGCUCGGAACUCAAAGGAUUCAAGGAACUCAAAUCUCCAACUUCACCAGCAUCAGACAGUACAACAACGGCCACAACAGAUGCACCCGGAGUACAAGGAACGACUCUUGCAACGGAUACAGACGUUAAAGAUAACAUCCCGGAUGGCUGUUCAACACCUCCGCAUGACGACGAUGCUGUGCCGGAAAGCUCUAAAUCCGAUGGUACCCCACUCAAGGAUGAGCUGGACGAACCUAUGGAAGAGGAGCAAGAGAAAACCUCCGAAUCGGAAUCGCUCAGCGAAGAAGAAUCCUCACAAUCUUCCAACAAGGCAUUCUCGAGCUCUCCAAUAACUGCAAUGGUCGACUCUGAUACGGCUCCAGAAACUCCAGUCCCUCCACCUACGGUUUCGACGCCCACUCCUACGCUUGCUACCACAACCGUCACUUCGGUUAUAUCCACCAACACUAAUGUGGGAAUGGCGCUUAAAUCCAUCAAAACCAUUGACACCAGCACCUCCAAGAUCAUUGAAAAGGUCGUUGAGAAAACCUUCGAAAAGGACAAACCACCCGUCAACCCACCCAGCGGAAGCAUAUCCGGCCUUUCACAUAAACCUCCAUUAAAAACUUACGGAACGGCAGCGGCCAUCAUUGCAAAUGCAGAGAACAAUGCCGUUAAAUAUGCCGUCAGUACCAUCAUCCGAGAAACGGACGGUGACAAGCUCUUCCCCAUAGGAUCCGCAAAUGCUGCCGCUAAUCCAUCUACCAGUCCUAACCCGGGGCCUGCACCGACUAAAGAAGUACCCCCUCCAGUGAUCUCCAAAGCAGGGCCACAUACGCUUCCCGAGGAUAAACCCAACCCUACAGCGCCCACGCAGCGAUCAAACAAUCCUCCGAUAUCAACCACCAGCUCUACUACUGGAACAACCGCUACCGCUCAGCCCCCAUCGAAAAGCACAAAGAUGAUCAACGUCCAGGAUGAAAUUGUAGCCACCGUAAUCAACAAAACGGCCAUUGCAGCUGCUACAACAGCCAUCGCCGUUUCGGCAGCUGUUUCAUCCACCAUUCCUGGAAGCUUGGGCAUUUCGCUUCCUUCAACAUCAACAAACCCGAAUCCCUCGAUCACGACACCCGCUUCUUCAACUACUACCCUGGCGGCACUAAGAGCUGAAAAGAAGCUUACCGGAGAUAAACGUAUGGAGAAGGUCAUUCCCGUUGGUAAACUGGGAGGAGCAAACCCUGUGCUUCCAACGGAAAAGAAGCUCUCCUCAUCUACGCUAACUCCGGCACAGAACAAACUUCUCAGCAAAGAGGCACUGUCUAUUAAAUCCAUUUUUGAAUCUACGGCGACGAAGAUCGAGAAAAAUAUUUCCGACGUUUACGAGUUUAAGGAUGUUGAGUUUGAACCGGAAACGACGCCCAGCAGUGGAGCAACUCCGAGGAAGCAUGUGUCGGAGGUUCCUCCGGCGGAUGUCGUCAGUUCAAUUCCAUCUACGCUACCGUCGGAAGAAAAGAAGAUUCUUGGUAAGAAAAAUCUGGUAAGAAAACCAGAGAUUCUUGGCUUAGCGGAUAAGAAGACAAAGAAGAUCUCGCCAAUGAAGGAGACAGAUAAGCUAAAGUUAGUCAGGCGGGAGAAAGAACGGGAUUUGGAAAAGGAAAAACUUCUUCUGAAUGAAUUGGAAGGUGCUGCCGCCACCUUCAGCACUAUAAUGGUAACGCCGGAAAAAUCCGCUUCCCAUUUCGCCGGUUUCUCCAUGCAGAAAGAAUCGCACUCGUUCGAUGUGUUUGGAAAAUCUCCAAGCAUGUCCAGUGUCUCACAUCGAGACGAUAAACCUGUUCUUGGGGAGGACCAUAAACCUGAAGUUACAAAGCUGUCGGCCGUGACAAAGGGAAUUUUUACUCCAGUCAUGUCUCCUACUGGACCCGAUCCUGGUAGUGAAAUUGUCAAGAGCCCCUCUAAAAUGGAUGAGAAAAUCAAAGAGGAACCCACUCUUGAAAAUUGUAAAAAAUAUUUCAAUGACAUGAACUUUGAUUUCGAUACUCCUAAGACGGAGAAGCCGCCGUCUAUUGCCGAUAAAGUGUUGAAGGCAUUAGGCCAACAAACACAAGUACAUGUCAGUUCUGUCAAAUCUGAUUUCCCCAAGUACAGCAUUCCAACUGUUCACCAUAAACAUCCCUUAUUGGUUCCCAUUGAGCCUGUGAGCAGUACUUCGACGGUCAUAACGACUCCUGUGAAGGUAGAGCCAUCAACCUUUGCUUCCAUACUUCCCCUAAAAUCGCAUCACACACAACCCCCUAAGAUCGAAAUUCCUACAUUGACGUUCAAAAAGGAAGUUGAACUACAUAAACCAUCGGUACCCAUCCUGUCUGUCAAGGCACCUCCGACAUUCUCCAGUAGUUCAGACAUCCUUCCUCCAACAACCUGUACCAAGAGCCAGGAUCUCACCGAAUCGAUCAAAAAGCUGGAAACAUCAAAUCUGGUUCAGGCGGAAUCAUCCCGUUUCACCCACCACGAUGAGGACAGUACCGACAGCAAUGAUUCCGAGCAUCGACUCGUGAUCGAAGAUCCGGAAGCAAUCGAUCCAACCCAGCAGACCGACUUCGAGAAGCUCAUCAAAGUGGAAGUCGAAGAGAGACCCACAAUGCUUUCUCAUGUCGAUAUACACUCAGCGGCUUCAGCCGCAGCGGUGGCAGCCGUUGCAUGCAAAGAAAAGCUUGUCUACAAAGCAGAACCCCAUCAUGACAUCAAAGAGGAAAUUCCGCCACUUUACGGUCUCAGCGGUCAAAUAGACACCAAGAAGGGUAAGCAGCCAAGUAUUCUCGAAACCAUAAUCCAAAGUGAGCUGAACACCGUUGUCAAAUGUGGCGGCAUGGGUUCGCACAGUUUCCUUAAAAUCAAGGAUCAUCAUGAUUCCUUCGCGCAAAACGAGCUGGAACGACUUCGACGCGAAGAACUACUCCAGCAGCAACAACAGUCAUCACACACUCAACCGAAUCCUUCACUCGCAGCUCCCCUUUCAGAAACCACGACAUCGACGGUAAUAAAUGCACCUGCUGCGACGACAACCGAUAAACAGCAGCAAUCCAACAAUAGUGAAUCUCUCUCGAUGCUUCUAUGCGAGGAAACGAUACCCGGUUCACCGGCUCCGGUUUGUGGAGUCUCGUCGGCCGCCGCCCAAAAAGAAUCCACCAAGGUGUACGCCGAAACGGUAACAUCGUUCCUGCCACCGCAGAACGUAGCCUCCGAUCUGAAGCCAGUACCGAUGGAUUUGGAACCGACGGCGGAUCCCCUGGCGACGACACCGGUAGCCGGCCGGAAAGCAACGGCAGUCGAUCCGACUGACACACCCAACAGCUCACCCCGCGAUUCGAUUAGCCAGGACGAAAAUCAAGAGCAUGAAGCGUCCCCGAACAAGAAGCGGAGACAGCGGAAAACCAGUGAGGAGCCUACCAACAAACGAAGGAGAACAGCGGGGGCUUCUACUAGCUACAGUAGAGGAAGUCAUCGAGCAAUGGGCGGUAACAAUGCAGCUACGGACAGCGAAGACAACUCCGACUCGAUGGCAUUCCACCGGGGCAACCUUUCGUCGGCUGCCGGAGGUUCCAGCUCGGCGUCACCCGGUAGCGGAAAAUCCGGUCGACCCUGUCAGUACAAUUUCCUCGUCAAUUUGGAUCCCGCGCUCAACAGUACCCAGAGGAUAGCGAUCCUGAAAAAGAAGAUCCAGGAGCUCCGCAAAACGUACAACGCCAUAAAGGCCGAACUGGCAAGCAUCGAUCGUCGACGGAAGAAGCUCCGCAGACGCGAACGCGAAAACAAGAAACAGGCCAAAAUAGCCGCCGGCGCAGGGAACAGCUAGGCUGUCGUCCGACGGCACCCGAUUGAAUUGUAACUAUAGGCCACAUCUGAUGAAAUUUAUUUACACUCGUUUAAUUUAUAAUAUUUUACAAGUCUAUAGUGCGGCACUAUUUGUAGGUAUACAGAUCAUAAUUGUGUGAUGAGAUUUUGGGCUAAGAUUCUGGUGGAGCAAGACCCGAGAGGCCAUCAACACAAGAACGUGAUUAGGUUGUAAGUCAUAUUAAGUGUAAAACAUUUUUUUUAGAAUCCCAUUUCCCAAAUGUGCUUGUUCGCAAAGGGGUGCUCCGCCAGAGGUAGAUUAAACUGUGUUUCGAUCAUUUCAGAAUAGCGCAAAAGUGUGCUUUGUAAAUUAGACGAAUUAGGCAUAUUGCACUUUACAGUUAGGUUUUACUCAAACUUGUUUGCGAUCUGUUAUUGUUUCUAGGGAGAUUUUUUAUUACGCUUGAGCAAUUGAUGUUCCGCGUUUAAAUGGUUUGAGAUUCUUUCUAGCAACUAUUAAUAUAGUGUCCAACAUGUCAUGCAAUUUUAGCCAUUAGUAUUUGCUAAACAUAAGAAACUAGUUUAGGCUCUUUAUAUAGUGUUGUACAAACUGUGAAUUUCAAUACAACACAAAAGACUUCAUUCAUGUUCUAUUAAUAAUCGUUAGGGUGGGAAGAAAAGUUGAAAUUGCUUCGCUCCUCCAACGUUUUGAUCAUAUUUGAUACUAAUUUAUGAUUUAAACUUUUGAUGUAUUGAUUUGUCAGAUGAUCCAUUAGGUAUCCAUUGUUCAUUGAAAAUGUGAUGUGAUUUUAAGCAUAUCAACAAUUCGGAUAGAAACGUAUCAUCGCUCUCACGGGAGGACUGGUGGUCCAACAACCAACCCACAGUUUAUUAUUUGAAAUCUUGAAAUUUUAACUAUCGUUUAUAGGUACGUUACAUCUGAUCUGUCUAAAUACAGGUAACAGAUCCGUUUCACCUUCAUUUUUUAGUACGAAAUUUAUUUGCAAAAUUAAAUAAGAGGUUUGAAGGCACUUGAUUUUUCAAAGCACCCUAACAGUCAUUUGCGUGAAAGGAAUAAAAAGCAAAUCAACCGUACCGUCAGCAGCUGCCGGCGUCUAUUAUUGAUAAGCAUGUUGUUCGGUGACGAAUGUUAAAUGUAAAUAAACGGUAUACAUCAUCAAUAAAAAAGAAACCUCCGAUGAAUGCUCACAUUUAACCACCACCAAUCAUAUAAUAUAUGAUUUCACUGUGCUUGUUGUAUGUAGUGCCCUGGUUUUUCGAUUUAUUGGAAAUCAGAAAGAGUAAUCCGUACUCAAAAAUCUGACGAUAAGCGAGUGAGCAAACAAUUAAUUCUUCUUGGGCGCAUGUCACCCUAUAGCAUAAUCUGUAUUACACAUUUAAAUACACUCACAAGUACAUAUACACACAGAGAUGGCUAUUUAAAUAACAAAUAAGAAUUAUAUUGCAAAUAAAAUAA